AUGGGCGCUCCUCCAGUCAUACGUUACGACUCAUAUCUCUCCUACGUUUCAACGGCUCACGUGACUGUUACGGGUCGUAUACUACGACUUGUAAUAUGGCGAAAGGCUGCGGGUUUAGAGCUGACCACGCUGCUCCCUAGGCUCUGCCUGACCAUAGCUGGAAGAUGCACCUGGAUCCAUAACCCUGUUACGAUGUUAGCUAAGCCUAAACCCAAACAGGGGCCUGGCCCUAAUAUUAGACUUGGCUGUUUCUGGCUGGUUCCUGGGCAGUUGAAAUUAUUCAAAUUCGCCGAAAUUGCACCCGUCCUCGUCGUCGUCGUCGUCGUCGUUGUCGCCGUCGUCGCUGCUGCUGCUUCUGCUGCUGGAGCGGAGAGUAGUGGAUUGUAG